AUGUAUAGCAAGACACCGUGUGUUUUAGGGAUGCCGUAUGAGGCUGCAGGGGCCGUACUGUGCAACAACCCGUAUCGCUCACAGGCUCUUUCCUGGUACCGAAAGUUUCUUAAAGCGGCUUUCACGGUACCAUGGGAGACGGACGACGAUGCGUUGUAUGUGAUGGAGGAGUCAAGGCGGCUGUUUCGUCAAAAUGCUCGACUUACCGACGUGGAAAUGAUACAGCGGAAGCUGCGUGAGGCGGAAAUGCGCUACGAGCUUGGAGUGCAUUAUCGCAUUCCAUACCCCCGACCCGUUCACAAAAUGCAGGGAUCCUUGCAGGAAAGUGGCGUGCCCUACGCGGCGGACCUCGAUUCUAUGUAUGACCAUCCAGUGAACCCACGGACUGGGAGGAUUUCAGAGGGAAGCGCGAACUACGGCGUGAUGGGCGGCGUGGACAACUCCAACGAGUUGUUGGAGGGUGAGAUGGGGGCUGACGCUGAGGACUUUAGUAAAUGA